AUGCUGGGACUUACAAAUGCUGUAUUUGCUAUGCGAGCGGCAGCAUUUUUCAACAAAGAACGCGAAGUUUAUUUUGAAAAAUCUGCACUCUGUUUGGCUACUAUCGGAGGUGACGUAGCUGCCGAGCGAUCUAACACUCCAGAAGUAUUUGUCUGUUCUGAUGCAGAUGCAAGCACUAAUUGUGGAUGUUUCACUCCACACGAGGUUACAGCAUUUCUGCAGGCAUCGUUAACCUAUCUGAAUGCCGCAGAAGACACUGAUCCUGACGAUACGAAUAAUCGUACUAGGGCAGUUACCUCAGCACUUUCCACAACAGUUCUACACUUCCCGUUCUACCGUGAGCCGGUUGCUCCAGAGCACAUUGAUUUGCUCGGGCAAAUUUUUCGCUGUAUUCUGCGAAACUGGUUCAUCACCCGUGACUCGACUUUGUCAUCCAGGGAUUGGUUAUUUUCUAUGGUGAAUGGGGUUCUCGGUCGUGUUUUGACCAAUUGUCCAAGCUUAUUUGAAGCCUACACUUCAAGUCUGCGAACUUUGUUGGAGGAGACGAUUUCGAUAACGAUUGGAGAAAAUUCGUUCAAGCCUUCCGUCCGUCAGAUUCUUAAUCGCUGGAAAACUCUAUCCUUAGCAAUCGAUUUUUUGUUAAACUGUAUGCCAUUCUCCAUUCAAUCGAAUCAGCAAGACUGUUACCGUGAUUUCGUCAGCGCGAUCCGUGAUUUACUAUCUCGAGAGAUUCCAAACAUGCAAUGGAUGCUCCUUGACAUAUUUCAAACUAUCGAACUUGAGUCAGAUGAGUUUGAUGCCGUUUGUGGCUUGUUAGUCGUGUGGAAUCAACUCUCACAGACCAUACAAACGUUUAGAAAACGCUACACGGUACUGCUUUUGCCUGGAACUGAAACUGACAGUACCAGUACCCCCAAUCAGGAGAUUGGAUUGGCAAGUGGUGAAGGCGAGUCGGUCACGGACGUUUCGGAUCCGAAUCCACACACACAUACCGCAUACUUUGACUCCAGCGGAUCAUGUUGUAUGCCAAGCUGGUCGGUUUUGGAGACCAAUCCAAAGGAUCUCAGUCAUGAAAAGUUAAAAAGUAAGCCAGCACAGACAUUUCUUUUCAGUUCUGUGAUGCGUCCCCCCCCCCGCAAAAAAACUUGCUUUGCUUCUGCUUUCAAACAAUCUACUCCGACGUGA